UAAGGUAAUAUAAAGCUGACCAGAGCCUCAGCAACUCCAAACCAUUAGAUCUAAAAAUGGCAAGUGUCAAAUGCAGUAAUUGCAGGGCAAAUCUAUUGGUGCCAUCUGGUGUGUCAAGCGUGAAAUGUCCAUGGUGCCAUCAUACAUCUUUCCCCCUUGCCCCGGUAGCAAGCCAGUACAAUGGCUAUGGAAACAAUUACCAUCCCAUGGGGUUUGGUAACGGUUAUUAUCGCCGGCCAUCAUUUCCAACAUAUCAGCCUUCACCUCCUUCAGCAUAUGGAAGAAAACGGGCAGUCUUAAUUGGAAUAAACUACCAUUACCAGCAGAAAACCCUCAAGGGUAGUGUUAAUGAUGUAAGAAUGAUGACUUACUUAUUGGCCAAUAGGUUCGGUUUCCCAAAUGAAUCUAUCCUUGUCCUCACAGAAGAAGGAGACCCCUACCGUAUGCCAACUAAGUAUAAUAUUCAGAUGGCCUUGCGUUGGCUUGUCCAGGGUUGCCAAUCAGGGGAUUCAUUGGUGUUUUUCUACUCAGGCCAUGGCUCACAAGUGCCUGAUAGAGAUGGGGAUGAGUCUGAUGGGCUUGAUGAAGCAUUAUGCCCCGUUGAUUAUCAGACUGAAGGAAUGAUACUGGAUGAUGAGAUCAAUGCCACCAUUGUGCGGCCACUACCCCAUGGAGUCCAACUCCAUGCCAUCAUUGAUACCUGCAAGAGCGGAACCUUUCUAGAUCUACCAUUCAUGUGCAGCAUGAACCAGGCAGGCUACUAUGAAUGGGAGGAUCACCGUAUUUCUCCUGCUUAUAAAGGUACAAGUGGAGGGACAGCAUUUUGUUUCAGCGCUUGUCAUGAUUUUGAAACCUCCAUAGAUACUACGGCUUUAACAAGCGGCGUUGCAACUGGUGCCAUGACCCAUGGCUUCGUCGAAGCUGUGCAGAAUGGAAGUGGAUUGACAUAUGGUCGUUUACUUCAAUCCUUACGCAGUAAAAUUAUUGAAGCCCAAAAACGUCUAUUUGGUCCUUAUGCACAUACAUGGCCAGCACAGGUGCCUCAACUCUCUUCUACCGAGAAAUUUGACAUUCACCUAAAGCUGUUUGUGUUAUAAAUCAUAUGCAGUCAAGCACUAGCAAUCUUACUUGCUACAAGCAAAGGAAUAAGUGUAAGCAGAAAAAAUCUUCUCAUCGGCUGAAAAUAGAGCAGUUCUUUCACUUCCAUGAAACUAUGAGCGGAAACUAUUAAUUCAUAGGCUUCCCAGUGAAUAACAUCACAUGGAAGUUUCUCUUGUAAUACAAUGAUAUACUUUUAACUGCUCAGGAAAUAAUCAUGACUCCUUAUCUAA